AUGCAGGACUUUUUAAAGGACUCGAAAAGAAUUCUUAACGAUAUAGAAACAUUGAACUCGUAUACAAACAGCAUCGAUUACCUAAGCUCCCAGAAAAAUAGCUCUGUCCUUAGCAAGGAGGAGGAGAAGGGGCUCAAUAACCAGAUAGACGUGCUGAACGAACGGUUUCGGGUACUUUCAAGGAACAUCAAGGAAAGAAUAGACAACUUCUCUUCUGAAACAGCGGAGCUUGAGAGAGGCAGCAAGAAGGACAAGUUUUACCACGAAACAAGGAAGAUCCAUCUUCAUGCCCAAUCAAAAAAACUUACGGAGGCCAUAAACAGAUACAGAGAGUCCCAGAUAAAGCACCGCGAGGACGAAGUAGACAAGUUCCGGCUCCAAUACAUCAUUGCAAAGCCUGAUGCAACAGAGAAAGAAAUAGAGGACUUCAUUGGAGACGAUGACGGGACAAAGGUGGCCUCUGCAUAUGCGCUGGGAGCACAUUCCGCACAGGGGAUUCUCGAAGAGGCAGAGAACAGAAAGAAAAACAUCAAGAAGAUAGAGGAGAUGGUCCAAGAAAUUGUAGACCUGCUGAAUCUGAUUAGCCAGGAAGUUUCAAAGAGAACGGAGGUUGUUGAGACUAUAAAUGAUGACCUUAUCAUGGGAGAAGAAAACACUGCCGCUGCAAAUGCGGAUCUUGAGUCAGCCUUGGCAUAUCAAAUAAGGGCAACCAGGAUUAAGAGGCUGUUUGUAUACGGAAUCCUUAUUAUUGGACUCAUAUUCCUGAUAUACUUUGCAUUUAAGACCAACUUCUUUGGGGCAUUUGAUAGAGUCUGGUAA